GUGGAUGCAGCGCGGAUCGAUAUUAUAACUAGGAAAAGCGGAAAACGCUGCAGAAAAAAAUUUCGACAUCAAAAAAAUUUUUUUUGUAUCCCUCCAACGGAAAAAAAUAGACAAAAAUUCUAAUACAUCGGUUUGAAAAUUCCUUUACACCUAACAAAUGCUACCUGCAAAGGCUAACAAAAAGAAAGCAAAUUUGUUAAGUGAAAAAAAAAAAAUGAAAGAGUGCGUUAAAUUGUGUAAGCAAAAAUCAAAGUUAGCAAACUUCAAUCAAUAGUGUAAUCGAUACAUAUAGAUAAUUAAUUAACAAUCUCCCAUUGUGUGUGUGUGUGUGCAUGCGUUUGUGUGUGAAUUAAAACGCACUGCAUAGCUUAUGAUUUGUUAAGUGAUUGCCACAAAAAAGACAAAACUCAUAUAGAUAAUUUUUUUGCGACAUGCAGUGAAAAUUUUUUUUUUUCUUCGAAAUUUUUAGUAUGUACAUGUACGUUGAAACGCUCGUGGGCGCCACAUCAGCAGCUUGGGGCAGCAGCAGCGCAGCAGCGGGGGUAAGCAGCGACGAGCUUUCACCCCCAAAUCACUAAAAUUCACAUCAGGCCAACGCAUGCAAGGCUGCUAAUGAUUCUGUGACACGAGAUAAAUGGCCAACGGCAACGGAAUGUGCGCGUUAGUAAGCAAUUUACCAAACAUUAUGCAAAUCAAGUGUAAAAAAUGCCAAAAACUUAAAGUAAAUUGCAAUAGAAAUCACGAAAUUCGUCGGGCAAGCCAAGAUUAGCAAUCAUUUUGUUCCUUCAUAUUUGUGUUGGUGUCGAGAGUUACAGCGAUAACAGAGCCACAACAGCCGCAGCCAACUUUGUGUAGGUGAGAGCUUUUCUCAUUGAGCUCGCUCCCUUCUCUCACUCGCCCACUCUCAUCCAAACUCUCGCUCACACUCUCACUCUCUCUCUCUCUUCAAACAAAAGUUCAAUGAAAGUCACACGCGCGGAUAAUUUUCCAGUGUCGUUUCGGUCUCGCAUAGUAAUAGUACACACACACUAAUACAAGGACACUAGUGAAAAGCUUUUCUUCAAGGACUGGAAUACGCAGAAAAGAAUACAAGGCGACAAUUUACGUUUUACGCGCGCAACUUGCGUGUGUGCGUUCGCGUGCGCGUGUGUUAGUGUGUGUGUGUGAGCGUGCGUAAGUGUUGUGCGUGUGAAUGAAGACUCCAAGUGCAGCAUAUCAGUAUCCCAGUCCAAUAUUUAAGGACACAAACUAUGCUCUUGAGGCAAUGACAGUUAAACUAAACGACAAGCACGACAACAGAAAAAUGUCAAAUAAUCCGCUGGCUCAGAUGCGCAAGCAGCGGCCAGUAACCGCCACCUCCGUCUCCCCAUCCUCCUCCUCCGAUUUGCUAUUCAAUAAGGCGCGUCGACGACGAAGACAUCCUCAAGACCCUCAAGAUAACGAAAGUAAAGUCCAUGGCAAGCGAAUUGUGGUGGAAACCCGUCGUUCAUAUCGAGUGCUGAUUAUUACCGCCUUGUUGGUCAGCUUAGCGGCCAGUUUUGUGACUAUCAGUGCUGGAUUUCAACUGGAUGGAUCUCAGAGUUCAUUCUACACGUUCCGCAAAUGGUAUACCGGACUUAAUGGCACACUCGAGUUGGAGUUCAAGACGGAACAGCCCAACGGCCUGGUCCUCUACACCGACGAUGGUGGCACUUAUGAUUUCUUUGAACUUAAACUGGUCGAAGGAGCCCUUCGUCUAAGGUAUAAUCUUGGCGGCGGUGCUCAGAUUAUCACUGUGGGCAGGGAACUCCAUGAUGGCCACUGGCAUAAGGUGCAAGUCCUGCGCAACGAUGAACAGACCUCACUCAUUGUCGACGGAGUCUCACAGCAGCGUUCCACGAAAGGCAAAGAGUUUCAGUUUGGUAAAUUUGCCAGCAACUCGGAUGUCUAUGUGGGUGGAAUGCCCAAUUGGUAUAGCAGCAAAUUGGCUCUAUUGGCUCUACCGAGUGUCAUAUUCGAGCCACGAUUUCGUGGAGCCAUUAGGAAUCUGGUGUAUGCAGAUCAACCAGGUGGCAUUACCCGGAGACAGGAAAUGAAGCAACCGCGUGACAUCAAAUGCGGUGAUACGCCAUGCGACCAUGCCGAAUUGCCAGCUCGAGAAAGAGGUCUAAGGGGCGUUCGCGGUGGCAACACAACAGAUGCCUGCGAGAGGAACGAUCCAUGCCAACACGGUGGCAUUUGCAUAUCAACUGAUUCCGGUCCAAUCUGCGAGUGUCGUAAUCUUGAGUACGAUGGCCAGUAUUGUGAGAAGGAGAAGGCGCCAUCAGAAGCCACGUUCCGCGGUACACAGUUCCUUUCCUACGAUCUGGGCCAAACGGGCGCUGAACCGAUUGUUAGUGCCCAGGAUGCGAUAUCGUUUUACUUUCGUACACGACAACCGAAUGGUUUGCUCUUCUACACGGGUCACGGCACCGACUACUUGAACCUGGCUCUGCGUGAUGGCGGCGUCUCUCUUACAAUGGGUCUGGCCAAUGGCAAACAGGAGAUGCACAUUAAGCCCUCCAAGGUGCGUUUCGAUGACCAUCAGUGGCACAAGGUGACUGUGCAUCGUCGCAUCCAGGAAAUAUCAUCGAUAACAAGUUUCUGUCGGCUUGUUACUGUGGUGGAUGAUGUCUACACCGAUCACUCGCACAUAGCUGGCAAGUUUACCAUGUUGUCCUCGUCACGGGUCUAUGUGGGUGGUGCAGUCAAUCCACGGGCUCUGCUUGGAGCUCGAGUUCACAACAAUUUUGUGGGCUGUCUGCGAAAGGUGGAAUUCUCUGCCGAUACCCUGAACUUGAAUCUAAUCGAUUUGGCCAAGAGUGGUUCAAAAUUAAUCCAAGUGGCUGGUAAUCUGGAAUAUCAAUGUCCCAGCGGAGAUCCCCAAGAUCCAGUUACAUUUACCACACGUGAAUCGCAUUUGGUUCUACCUCCAUGGGAGACAGGCAAACAGAGUUCGAUUAGCUUUAAAUUUCGCACAAAAGAACCAAAUGGAAUCAUCGUAUUGGCCACAGGAUCCAAGCAACCCCGGGCUAAAAAUCCCGUUCUGAUUGCCAUUGAGCUGCUAAAUGGUCAUAUCUAUAUACAUCUUGAUCUGGGUUCGGGUGCCUCGAAGAUAAGGGCAUCACGACGACGCGUAGAUGAUGGGGAUUGGCACGAUUUGAUAUUGCGUCGCAACGGGCGCGAUGCCAAGGUGAGCGUAGAUGGGGUUUGGAAUGAUUUUCGGACACCAGGAGAUGGAACCAUACUCGAACUGGACGGACAUAUGUAUGUGGGUGGGGUGGGCCCGGCCUAUAAUAGCGUGGCCUGGCCAGCAGCCAUUUGGACAGCUACCUUGCGUCAGGGAUUCGUGGGUUGUUUGCGUGACCUGGUGUUGAGUGGCAAGGCAAUCGAUAUAGCGGCCUUUGCACGCGUUCAGGACUCGGCCUCGGUGAAACCCUCGUGCCAUGUCCAAAGCAAUGUAUGCAAUGGCAAUCCCUGCCUCAAUGGCGGCACCUGCCUGGAGGGCUGGAAUCGACCCAUUUGCGAUUGCUCGGCCACCUUGUACGGCGGACCGACAUGUGGCCGAGAAUUGGCUACUCUGGCAUUCAAUGGAAGUCAACAUAUGACCAUCUGGUUGGGCAAUGGCCAAGGCACAAAGACACAAACAGAGGAAUUGGUCAUAAGAUUUAAAACCUCGCGACCAGCCGGCUUACUCCUCUUGACCAGUGCCGAAUCCAAUUCCCCAGAUCGUCUGGAAAUUGCUCUCGUAGCAGGACGUAUACGCGCCAGUGUGAGGCUAAGCGACAGGGAGAAGAAUCUCCUGGCUGGCCAAACGGUGCUCAAUGACAAUAAUUGGCAUACCAUACGCUUCUCGCGCAGGGCAUCGAAUCUGCGUCUACAAGUUGACGGGGCUCCCCCCGUCAGGGGUAUGUUAUCUGAGACAAUAUUGGGACGCCAUAGCACCAUGGAGAUACGUUCCAUACAUUUGGGUGGUCUGUUCCAUGCCGAAGAGGAGAUACAAAUGACCUCGACCAUGCCGAAUUUUGUGGGACAAAUGCAGGGCUUUGUCUUCAAUGGACAGCGCUAUCUGGAUAUAGUAAAAUCUCUGGGUCCAGAACUUUCUGCCCUACCGAGUGCAACGUUUAAGCUAACAGCUCGUUUUGUUAACUCACCAGCGGGUCAGCCAUAUCAUGCGGCCACCUUCCGUUCGAAGCAUUCGUAUGUUGGCCUGGCCAUGUUGAAGGCCUAUAAUAGCAUUUCCAUAGACUUUCGCUUCAAGACUGUGGAGCCAAAUGGCCUGCUCGUCUUCAAUGGCGGACGACGAAGUGAUUUUGUGGCUGUGGAGCUGGUUAAUGGACACAUUCACUACACUUUCGAUCUGGGCGAUGGUCCAGUUACCAUGAGGGAUAAGUCUCGCAUACAUAUGAAUGAUAAUCGUUGGCAUCAGGUCAGCAUAAGGCGGCCAGGACCCAAAACUCAUACCCUAACGGUGGAUGACUCGUUCGAGAUAAUUAGCUUGACUGGGAAUAAUAUGCAUUUGGAAUUGGCUGGCAUAUUGUAUAUUGGCGGUGUCUUUAAGGACAUGUAUUCGAAAUUGCCAGCUUCCAUAUCAUCGCGUUCCGGGUUCGAGGGCUGCUUGGCCUCAUUGGAUCUGGGUGAUAAUUCGCCCUCACUGACCAAUGAUGCAGUGGUGCCCAGUUCUCUGGUGGUCACCGGCUGUGAGGGUCCAACCAAAUGUAGUCAGAAUGCUUGCGCCAAUCGUGGAAUUUGUGUACAGCAAUGGAAUGCCUAUGCCUGUGAAUGCGAUAUGACCUCAUAUACAGGACCCACCUGCUAUGAUGAAUCCAUUGCCUAUGAGUUUGGCAACAACAAAGGGAUGGUCCAAUACACUUACCCCGAGAAUGCCCAAGCGGAUACCGAGGAGGAUAACAUUGCGUUGGGUUUCAUUACCACCAAGCCCGAUGCGGUGCUUUUGCGUAUUGAAAGUGCCACCACACAGGAUUACAUGGAACUGGAAAUUGUCGAGGGAAACAUAUUUAUGGUCUAUAAUAUAGGCAGUGUGGAUUUGCCUCUGGGGGAAAUUGGCACCAAGGUCAAUGAUAAUUCCUAUCAUGUGGUUCGUUUCCAAAGGAAAGGAGGCAAUGCCACACUCCAGCUGGAUGACUACAAUGUCCAGGCCUUGACACCGCAGAGCCAUCAUUCGACUGUUUUUAACACCAUGUCCAAUAUACAAGUGGGCGGUAAAUUUAGCCGCAACGGUCGCACACGUAUCGAACGGCCAUUUGCUGGCGUUAUUGCCGGCCUUUCUGUGAACAAGUUGCGUAUACUGGAUUUGGCCGUCGAACGUGAUCCUCAUAUCACCAUUCGUGGAGAUGUUCAAUUGGUAACUGGAGUAUUAGAUAGAAAUGAUCUGCAGAGAAUGCAGCAGACUUUGAAUUCUACUCGACAGACGCCGGCCAGUGGCUAUCCUGGGGCCAUAGAUGAUCUUAUAUUCUCCGGUGCCGGAUCCGGUUGUCGCGGCGACGAUGAAGACGAAUGUACGCCGCCCUUCGAGUCGGGCAGUGGAGAUGAUCUAAUCACACCUGUCUAUGUGCCUCCGACAAAACAGACAACCACCUCCCAGCAGGGCAAUAAUCAGAGUACAAACAAUGGCGCAACUGGAGGAGGAGGCGGUGGAAGCAAUAACAAUAAUGGCACCGAACGGGCCUGCGAUGAUGAGGAUUGUGUCCAUGGUUCUGGGGAUUAUGGCGAGACGACGGAACAGUUCACAUCGACUAGCACGGCCAAGGGGGCAGCAGAGUCCAACAACGAAUUGGCAACAGCCACCACAACAGGACGCAGCGAUGUGACAACGGAACAGCAACAUGGCAGUAGUACGGUCGGAUCGGGUGGCAGCAGCAGCAGCAGCGGAAGUGGCAGCAGCACAGCCAUCUACUUGACGACUCCCUCAUCAAGUGGCAGCAAUACGCCAGGACAAUCGAGCACCAGCAGCAGCAGUGCGGGAACCUCAUCGACGCAACGUGCCGCCGUUAGCAGCACCAGCAGCACUAGCACCUCGACAACAACCACUACCACGACAACAACAACAAGCACCACCACACAGGCAACACCUCCGCCCCCAGAAAUUCCAAGCACUGUAACCGAACGUGAAACAACACCCUUUGAUGUCUAUGGCAAUGGCGUGGGCGGUGGACGCAUCGAUCACGAGAACAUGCAAUUGCCGGAGGAGCAUCAUCCCUUGCCACCAAUGCCACCGCCCCUGCCACCACAAGAUCCACCACCAUACGGACCAUAUGGCGGCAAUACAUACAACACCAAUUUGAAUAACUAUCGGCCCAAGGGCGGCAAGGGAGGACGCAUCAAUUCCAUUGAGGAAGAACGCACUGCCAUGAUUAUAGGCAUUGUGGCGGGCAUUCUCAUAGCUGUCAUCUUGGUCAUUCUCCUCGUGCUGUGGCUUAAAUCGAAUGGCGAUCGUGGCUACAAGACGGAGAGUGAAAAGGCUGCUGCCUAUGGAUCGCAUAAUCCAAAUGCCGCUUUAUUGGGCAACACAAGCACCAACGGCUCCUAUCAUCAACAGAGGCAGCAUCAUCAUCAGCAACAGCAGCAGCAGCCACAUCACCAUCAAGGUGGCCAACAGUCGCAUCAUGGCCAACAGCAGAUGCACAGCAAUGGCAAUGGAGGCGGCGGAGGCGGUGGCGGAGGCAUGAUGUCCAGUGGCAGUGGCUCACUUGGCUAUGGCAGCGAUGGCAGGCCUCAGAUGGCCGGCCUGGUGCAACCCAAGGCCAAGAAACGUGACUCCAAGGAUGUCAAGGAGUGGUAUGUGUAAGCAGGUAGCAGAAUACAUGGAAUUACUGUCAAAUUAGCAAUAAAACACAAAGGGAAAACAAAUGAGUAUAUUAAAAUCAUAGUGCAAAUAGUGCAAAAACGCCAGCCACAAAACGAAAGAUGUAAACCAUUAACAAUUAAUAUGCCACACAAACAAACUCACACUCACACACACACACAUACACACUCACAAACAAAUAAGAGAUGCGGUUGAAAAACAAAUAGAAAUGUGUACAAAUGAACGGAAGGAUAAUAAGUGAUUCGGUUUAUGUUGUUGGCAGUAAAAAAAAACAAGGAAAGAGAGGAAAAUUAAACAAAUACUUUAGCAAACAAAGCAACAAGAAAUUAUGCCUAAGAAAUUAUAGCUUCAAACUCAAGACUUGCUAAAACCAAAAAAAAAAAAAAAAGGA